UCUCUGCAUUGAUUAAAUCAAACUUUACCGGAAGAUAUUCACGCCUUCUCGUGUAUCGUGAUGAAUCCUCUUCCCCAAACUGGAAGUUUGUUCCGGCCUUGGGAACUUAGACGUGACGAUACCAGGAACGAUGGUGAAGAUAUUAAUUUUCACUGUUUGUUGGCUCAUCAAAAUAACUGCUUUGCUUCUAAAGCGCAACCCAAAUCUCCGGGAAGCAGGAGUGAGAGUGACGACGCUGACAGUAAAGAACUCAGAGCAAACGAAUUAACAUCCCCAAAAUAUUCAACAAAUGUUUUGGAAAGACGGCAUUCGGAAGAGAGGAAUUUUAAUCUGCAUCAGAAGAUGAAACACAUCAUUGGCGCUGAUGAACAACCUAUCAAAAAUAAAAGACCAGCGUCUAGUCUAACCAAGGCUCCCCAUUCUUCGAAGUUGUCUCUGUCCAAUUUAGAAAGUAGGUUGCCUCUGUCAGAUAUGUGCCGGAAAAAACGUCCUAAAGACAAAGCGUGUAGCAAGUGUCACAAUACGUUCAGUAAUCAGGCGCAGCUUGACGCGCACAUGCGAGGGCACUUCAACGUGCGCAAUUACGGUUGCGAAUACAUUGUCGAGUCAUCAACGAAGCGCAAGUGCGGCAAGCGAUUUGUGCGUAAAGAAGAGCUCACUAGGCACCAGCGAACGCACACGGGGGAGAAGCCUCACGUUUGCAGGAUUUGUACAAAGGGUUUCGGUCGAAAAGAUCACCUGCAGAAACACGAGAAGACUCAUGAGCGCAGCCAGCAGAGUCAGUUUCAAAUACCCCCUUUCAACCUCCCAUUUCCCCCUCCAGCAACAACUGCUUUUCCGUUAAUGACGCCUCCUGCGAGAUCAGAUCUGCUCCUCUGCCAACCCAAUCUGCUGCUGCAUUCACUCAACCUCUUCUCGUACGCACAAGUUCGACAUCUUCAAGUAGAUGCAGAACCUGCGCACGCGUCCAAGCUGCACCACCAGUCUCUAGAUCACAUGAAAAUAUUUACUGGGUUGUCCCAUUCACGCGACUUUCAUAAUAUUGUCCAGCCGAGAACACACUACACCUCAUGACGCGCGUGACUGUGCUAGCCAAACUUGAUUUAUUUUCAGUCGUUGUCUGUGAUAUUAUUCUUAAUGAUUUUUCUCUCUCUAAUUCAUAAGGACUGUGCUGACUGAAGUAAACCACUUCCCUCUGUAUUAUUAAUUACGUGAUUGUUAUGAUGAAUUAAGAAGAAAAGAUGUCAUUCAUCUCAUGAAAGGGAGUCCAAAUGUUGAAAGAUCAUACAAUGGAAAUGAUUUCCAAAUUUAAAUUUUCUGUCCUGAGAAUAGUUUGAGAUUAGGACCAUCACCAUGGUGACUAUUUAACCUAAGAAACAAAUUUGCAUUCACAAAAUUCUCGUAACUAAUUUUAAUUCUAGGAAAAUUAUUAUUCAUAU